AAAAGCCAGGUUCAUCGGGGCCGUUUGGGAAACCAGCAACAAGAGGCCGAUCGAUGGGCGACGGUUCACUAGCGGUGCGGACCAUGCGUCUCGUCUUCUCCACCAGCAUCACCAUACGUAGCUGCAGCCCCGCGAGCAAGUGCCGGAGACGGUAGCGAUGCGAUUUCCAAUUCCUCUUCAAGCCACCAACACCUGCAGCGCCAUGUCUUCCUCCUCCCGCUUUAAGAAGGUUCCGGGGCGCAACCAGUGGCAACGCGGUUAUUGUAACCCACCGCCUCCGACUCUUGAUGCAGCUGCUGCUGUGGCCGAGGAAGGUGCCGCUGGGUCCUCGUUCGCCACUGGGGAUUCUCCCGUCGGGACCGUGAGGGAAGCUAAUGAGAAUCUGCGGAGUUGGCGGAGCGGCGCUAGUGGCUCUUGGCGCCCUCGUGGUGCUCGGUCGCAAUCCUAUGGGCAGUGGCAGCCGCCGUCCUAUGGACAUCAUCAUCCAUUGCAUCGCCAUCCGGCGUUCCCUUCUGUGCCUUACUAUGGUCCUCCCCAUCCUUCUUGCAAUCCUUCGCAGAUAACAAGGACUCCUGCUCCAUUUUAUGGUCAUCCUCCGCCGUCUCACAAUCCUCUUUCCACCCCGUUUGGUCCUCAAUCGUCUUUCAACACUUCUCCUGUUGCCUAUCCUGCACAGGCAUACCAAGCAGCUCCGUCUUAUAGGCCGGUAGAUUAUAGGACAUGGAGUUUCUGCUCCUCACAACCACCUCCUGAAUGUGAGCGGUUUGUAGUGCUCUCUUAUAAUAUCCUUGCGGAUUACCUUGCUAGAGAUCAUUGGUCCAAGCUUUAUUUUCAUAUACCACAAUACAUUUUGGAUUGGGAAUGGCGAAAGAGAAGAUUACUUAUAGAAUUUCGACUAUGGACCCCUGACAUAAUGUGUCUUCAGGAAGUUGACAGAUUUCAUGAUCUGGAAGAACAACUUUCAACUCAAGGAUAUGCUGGUAUUUGGAAGAUGCGAACUGGAAAUGCAGUAGAUGGAUGUGCCAUAUUUUGGAGAACUAACAGGCAUGAUCACUUAUUUUUGUUGAAGUAUCAAGAGACAAUUGAGUUCAAUAAACUUGGGCUUAGAGAUAACGUUGCUCAAAUUUGUGUACUGGAAUCAAGGAUCAUAAACCAUGCUGAUAAUGAAACUGCAUCUUUUUCUGAAAGCUCAGAGCAAUCAAGUGGAGCUAAUCUAGUUGUGGUAUGUAAUAUCCAUGUUCUUUACAAUCCCAAGAGAGGAGAGAUCAAACUCGGUCAGGUCAGGACGCUUCUCCGUCGAGCUCAUGCCAUUUCUAAGAACUGGAAUGAUGCACCUGUUGUUGUUUGUGGAGAUUUCAAUUCUACACCUGAGAGUCCACUUUAUAACUUUAUAGCAGAGCAAAAGCUAAAUCUUUCUGGACUAGCCAAGGAUCAGGUAUCUGGACAAUAUUCUGCACAUAUUUCUUCUUCAAGGUUAUAUACUGGUCCACCACCCUCUAGGGCUCCGCCCUUUAUGAGCGUAGGUACUGAGGGUAAUUGCCAACCUCAAACUAAAGCAGAAAAUGGACUUACUGAAAACCUGCCUCAAAAUGACACUAACCCGCCAAAUGUAUCUCAGCUUUGCUCUGACAAUCAAAUGUUUUAUAGGACAAACAGAACACCUGAAGUAGCUGCAAACCAAAUAGGCGAAGGAGAAACCUUUUGUACUGACUCUUGUUCUAUUGAUUCUAGUAAUGUACAACUUGAUACUGAUAUUCACCAAUGCAUUGAGCAAUAUAGUCAAGGAUCUGCAUCAGAAGUUUCCAACAUUAAUCAAUCAGCUGCUGGUGUUCAGUCAGGUGGAAGGUCUUCAGAGUUCCCUUGUUCGGAACAAAUUCUGACCCAUCAUUCGGAUGGUGGCUGUGAAUCGUCAUCAUUUCAAAAUGAAGAGCCAUUCAAUUCUCGAAAGCAAAUAGCUGCUGCAGCUGGUACUUCCUUUCAUGAUGCCUUUGAUCAUAACAAAAUACGAGAGGACUGUAACCACAGUGUAGCUGCAUGUAGUGACAUUAACAUCCAGAGACCUCAUGGUUCUGAAAAUGUACCCAAUGAUGAUGUUUCAGUGAAGGUAUCCUCGCCAGAUGUGAUCAGUGCAUGUUGUCAACCUAAACAAUCACUGUCAGAAACGGUCAAUCUAUCAGGAGAUUUUGAUUCUAAAGUGAAUCUUGGUGGCAAUGAUUUAGAAAAUCACAACACUGUGGGUGAUGUGGCUGAUACAUUGAGAGAUACCUUUGAUUUAGAGGAUAAUUCUGACCCAAACUUUUUCAGAGAACUUUUGGGGACUGAUGAGGUAAGCCAUUUUGGUGAUGAUCCAGUGUCGGAUCCAUCAAGGAUUGAAGUUUGGAAAGAAUCUGCUGAUAAUUCAUGUUCAUCGGUUGAUGAUUCUGCUAAGUAUUCUUAUGAUCCAUAUUCAUGGACCCCUGUGGAAAUUGAGAUUGCAUCAGGAAGUACAGAUUGCACUUAUCUUGAGCACAAUUUGAAACUGAGGAGUGUGUACACUGAGGUAGAGGAUUAUGCAGGUACAAAGGGGCCCUCCAGAGAACCCCAAGUAACCAGUUACAACAGGCAAUUUAUGGGCACAGUAGACUAUAUAUGGUCUUCUGAAGCACUUCAGACAGCCAAAGUGCUUGAUACACUCCCUAAACAUGUACUACGACAGACACAUGGUUUCCCGACCAAGAAAUGGGGAAGCGAUCAUGUUGCCUUGGCGUGCGAAUUAGCAUUUAAGCUUCCUCAACCAAAUAAGGUUGCAUUUUGAAAUAUUCAUUAUCUUAAAUUUAUGACGAGUCUCUGUAUGAGUUUUCUUUUGAUAAUUCUUGGCGUUUAUUCCUUGACAAAUUUUUUUCCUGGCUUGCAUUUAAUGCCAGCAUUGAUCUAUGUUUUUUCAGGUAGCAACGAAUGUAAUUGUGUUCUUUUGAAUGGGCAGUUUAUUAUGGUUA